AUGGCAGACUAUAGCCAGUUCGGAAGCCUCUGUGAGGAAUGGCUCAAUCUUGUCCAGGACAAAGGCAUUGUAUUUCCUGUGGCAUUGCUCAACACCCAAGAACAGCGUCGAACCUUCCGUACCGCGAGUAAUGUGGCUCGGUGCCGUGCGAGCGAAGACGCACUGAAAAAGCAAGAGGGUCUUGAUGUUACCACGCAGACGAAGUCCAUCCUCUGCCGCGACUUUCAAGAGAUCGGCGCCCGUGUUUACUGGCCUUAUCCGAUCGCCCGCAGUCAAGAAACGAAACUAGGAGAACUCCAGAAUGGCGACUCGUGCAAAGUGUUGCUCUAUUUUCACGGCGGUGGCUUCCUCAGCGGCAAUUUGUCGACCGAGGACGGGACGUGUGUGCAGCUGGCCAGCCAGGGCAACAUCGUUGUGGUCUCGAUCAACUACAGACACACCCCUGAAUGGACGUAUCCCCACCCAUUUGACGACGCGUGGGAUGCCAGAUGCCAGGUUCUGCAUCAACCACAAACCCUAGGCCUUCCCCCGAAUAUCGACCUGUACGUCGCUGGGAUCAGCAGCGGUGCCAACCUGGCCGCAAGUCUAACGGUCAGAGAGAGGAUGGCCAACGAUGUCAAGAUCCAGGGUCAGGCUCUGUGGAUGCCAUGGCUGUGUCAUCCCGAUAGUUUUCCUUUCCAUGCCAUUGAAAGACCAGAAAAAUCAUCCCCAAUCCAAUGCAGGCACGCUCCGCUGCUGCCAUAUUCUUUAGUCGAGGCUUUCGCCGAGAUGCUCCAAGUCGACGAUGAAGGUCGACGGGAUGUCAUCACCAAUCCAUUGCUCUGCAGCGAAAUAGUGAUGGAACGAAUGCCACCGACACAUAUCCUGGUCUGCGGCAACGACCCGCUGAGGGACCAUGGCAUGCUGUUUGCAGACAAAUUAGAUUCUUCCGGCGUUCAAGUUCGAUCGAAGAUUUACCCGGGACUUCCACAUGGAUUCAGAAGAGUGAAUGGACUCCGGAGUAACAGUAUCUGGGAUAAUGAUUUGCGGGAAGGGAUACAAUGGCUACUGAAGACCGGCCGGUCGCUGUAA